AUGCGAAUAAACGUGCACCUAAAACACAGGAAAGGAACCACCGAAGCCAAAGUGUUGAUCGAUUCGGGAGCAGAAGGACUUCUCAUCGAUAAACAAUUCUGCUUCAACAAUGACAUACCAACGCAAAAAAUCGACAGACCUAUCCCUGUAUUUAACGUGGAUGGAACGGCCAACGAAGGAGGACAAAUCACCGACAAAGUCUGCGUGCUCAUGAGAAUAACGAACAAAGAAGGCGACUAUCACGAUGAACAAUGCGAGCUACUAGCCGCUAACUUAGGAGGCGAAAAUGUGAUCCUAGGAACAGACUGGCUGCAUGAACACAACCCGCAAAUUAACUGGGUAAAAAACAGCCUCACAUUUUCAAAUUGCGCCACCACGUGUCUGAUCAGCCGACCUAAGUUCACCGUGCAAGCACUAUUACCCAUCCGGCAGAGAAAAAACAGAACGAUCGGGUAUUCCAGAAUAGAGGACAGCCCGGAAGAAGAUGAAAGCGAGGACACCUUCUUUUCCAAAUUCUACGAGGAAUGGUACUAUCAAAACCCACUAGAAGUACACCCCCUCGAAGCCAUUCAUAUCGGUUCCAUUGGAAACAAGUCGCAACAACUGGCAGAAGAGGCAAAUAAGGCAAAAACGGAACGACCUAGCAAGGAAAUAGUUCCGGCAUACGUCCUCAAACAAUUCGCCAAAAUCUUUAGCCAGGAAGCUUCACAAUGA